AUGAUAUAUGUGUAGGUUGCCCAAAAGGAACUUUUGUUAUAAAUAAUAUAUGUACUGCAUGUAUGGAAGGAUGUAUAUAAUGUGAUAAUAAAACUACUUGUUAUUAUAUGUGAUUAAGGUUAUUAUAAAAAUAAUUUGAAUGAAUGUAAACCUUGUAAUAUUAAUUGUAAAGCUUGUCAAAAUGAUACUCCAGAUAUAUGUACUUCUUGUAAUUCACCUAAAGUUUUACAAACAAAAAAUUAAAAAUGUGUAGAUGCUUGUGAUGAUAAUUAAUAUUAAGAUAAUACACAAAUUGAUAUACCUAAAUGUAGGGAUUGUGAUAUUUUAUGUCUUAAAUGUGUAGACGCGAAUUCUUGUUAACUUUGUGUAAAUGGCAACUUUUUUAAUACAAAUACAUUGAAAUGUGAACCAUGUGAUGCUUAGUGUAAUACAUGUGAAAACGGCACUGAUAAUACUAAAUGCCUGUCCUGCUCACCUCCUUUAUAUUACCAAUAACUGGAAAAAAAAUGCGUUAGGAAUUGCAAUUAAGGCUAAUAUCCGAACUCUUAAAGUGGUUUAUGCGAAUUUUGUGAUCCGAAUUGCUAAACUUGUAGAGAUUCAAAGACUUCUUGUCUUACUUGUAAUAAUAAUUAAUAUUUAUAAACUAACUAAACUUGCAAAGAUAUCUGUUUGCCGAAUUAAUAUCCGGAUAAUGCGAGAAAAUGCUAACCGUGUAAUGCAUCAUGCUUAUCAUGUAUUAAUAAUACCUCAUGUUCUACAUGUGCUGAUGGUAAUUAUUUAAAUUCUGUUACUAAACUUUGUUCGCCUUGCUCCGCUAAUUGUUAAUAUUUAAAUACUAAUACUAAUAGAUGUGAACAAUGUAACGCAAACUGUGUAGCGUGCGAAAAUGGACCCACUAAUGAUUAAUGUACGGAAUGUUAACUUAAUAAUUUUCUCACUUAAGACAGAAAAUGCGUUAUUGCUUGUUAAUAAAAUUAAUAUGUAGAUGCAUUAAGAACAUGCUAAUAAUGUAAUGCGUCCUGUCUUACAUGUUAAAAUGCUAUUUCGUGUAAUACAUGUAAUGCAGGAUAUUAUAUAAACACAAGGAGUAAUUUAUGUGAAAAAUGUGAUGAUAAUUGUCAAACAUGUGAAAAUGGAAUAGUAAAUAAUUAAUGUAUUACCUGUAAUAAUAAUUAAGUUCUUUUAUAAACUAAAAUAUGCGCCGAUAAUUGCGAUAAUAAAUAAUUUGAGGAUUAAAAUAAAAAUUGUUAGUAAUGUGAUCCUACGUGUCUUACUUGCUCAAAUUCUAAUACAUGUGAUACUUGUGAAGAAGGAUCAUAUUUAAAAAGAAGUACAUAAAAAUGCGAAUUAUGUGACUUAAAUUGUAAAACAUGUAUAGAAAAGGGCAAAUGUGUAUCUUGUAAAUAAAAUUUUUUUUUAACCUAAGAUUAAUAAUGCAAACUAGAAUGUGAUUAAUCUUUUUUUCCAGAUUCUUAAGGAAAUUGUUAACCAUGUGAUUCUAAUUGUUUAAAUUGUAAACAAUUUAAUUAAUGUACAGAAUGCUUUUAGGGACUCUAUUUAUUUAAUGGAUUCUGUAGUAAUGAAAUCUAUUGCUAAGAGAAUACUUACUUAGACCAAAACGA